ACGCCAAACAGUCGCCGAGCAGUUCAGAUCUGAAAAUUGUACUUUGCCUUACUCCACAUUGCUUAGGUCGUAUCAUCCCUUUCGAGUGCUUCAAAAUGGUGUCAAGUGUUGGGCAUGUUCUGGCUGUGACCAUUCUGGCCGCUUUGGCGUGCACGGGCUAUGCCAUCAAGUGCUAUCAGUGCGAAUCUGUAAGUAGUCCCAAGUGUGGCGAGCACUUUGAGGCUGAUCCCGGUCUACUUCUGGAUUGCGCACGUAUUGCCCCACCGCGUUUCCUGCAGAGCAUCUUCCCAAUGCGCAAUGCCACCGGUUGCAUGAAGAAGAGCAUUGAUGGCGUUCCCGGACAUCCCCAAAUUGUGCGCAGCUGCUACUUUGGUGAUAUCAGCAACACACAGACUGGCUGCCAGGCAGAUCCUUCCCUGCCCUUCGUCAAGCAGCUGAGCUGCGAAGUGUGUACCAAGGAUGAGUGCAACGGUUCCGCUUCCAUCGCCCCCAUCGCUGGAGCCAUUCUACUGUUCUUCGGCGUGGCCCGCCUGUUGGCCUAAAUUUGGUUGAAGUCUCCAGUUCCGUCUUUUAAAUUUAUACCUGGAACAUUUAAUAAGUUUCACACGUAUUAUCAAAACUUUACAUAUCAUUUUCGCAAUUUUCAUUGAAUUUUGUUUAAAAAAAAGAAGAAAACAAAUCAACACAUUCUAAAAGCAUAUUAAAACAGCUUUAAUACCAAAUUAAAAUUGAAUAGAUUUAAAUAAAUAUCAAAUGAAAUUUAAAUUGUAAUGUAAAGGUAAAGGUAAUAAAUUCUGUAUUCGCACAACUGCUUAAGAACCGCUAAAAUAAAUAAUUUGUUAUUCUGAAUUCCGAAAUCCUCGUAA